AUUCUAACUAUGUUUUCAAUUUAAGUAACUACUUUUUAAGUGAUCAAAAACCGUAAAAAUGAAGGGAAUAUUUAUUUUAAUCGCAUAUCUUCUGUUCCUUGUCAUACUCUCCCGAUGUUCGUCACUUCGUUUCCAUAAUCCUCUAUGGGGUGGGGGUAGAUUCAUGGAAAAUACCGUCGGUAUGGGCAACGGCGUCGGCAUGGGAAGCGGCAUCGGUAUGGCAACUGGUGGCGGUAUGGAAAGUGGUGGCGGUAUGGAAAACGGCGGAGGUAUGGGAACUGGUGGAGUUAGAGGAGGUGGUAGCGGUUGGGGAAGUGGUGGCGGAUGGGGUAGCGGCGGCGGUGGGGGCGGAGGCGGCGGUGGAGGCGGUAGCGGAUAUGGAUGGGGCGGAGGAUCUGGAUUCGGAAGUGGUCGUGGCUACGGAUAUGGAAAAUGAAAUACUCUAUACCAAAUAGAAUGUUAGAUAUUUAUUCUUUUAUAUGAUUUGUGAAAAUAAAUAGUAUCUUGAUGAAAA